ACUUCCGGUUCCGGUGUCUGUUUCCCCCGGGGGGGCGAUGCGCCGCGCAGUGUCGCUGAGGGCCGCGGCCGCCGCGUACCGACGGGGAUCGGAACGGGGAUGCGGACACACAGCGGACACCGGUGCGGAACGCGGCCCGGCCUACCGGCAGGGACAGAGCCCCGCACCGCGGCGCCGGGAGUAUUUCUAUUGGGUGGAUACGCACGGGAGGCUGUACCUGGAUGAUGCCAAAGUGAAGAACUUCAUCACCUGCUUUAAAGACGAGCGCUUCCUCGCCUUCUUCUUCCGCCACCUGCAGCCCAACCGCAGCGGCCGCUACGAGGAUUCCUUCCCUUUCCUCUCCCUCUGCGGCCCCGAACACAACUUUGUGCGCUGCCAGGACCUGCCCGUCGUCUUCACUCGGGUCCUGGAAGGUGAAAAGGGCUCCGGAGCUCUGCUGUCCUAUUGCGGAGGCGGUCACCGUUUGGUGGUCCCGUUUCAGCCCCAUUGUUUGACGUAUUGGCCCCAAAACGGACGGCUGUACCACCCGGGGCCGGAAGGGGGAGGGGGGGUGGGGUUGGUGAGGUCGGCGUUGGUGGAGGAGUGGGGCGAUGGGUUCGAAUAUGGGGCGGGGGGGGCGACCCCGACCCAUUUUGUGUGGGGUGGGCGGCGGUACGCCUUGGGGCACCCGUUGUGUCCCUACGACGAUGUUCCCAAUGUCCCCACCUUCCCAUGGCACAGCUCCAUGGUGUCCCCAAUGUCCCCAUGGUGA